GAACUACGAAUCCCAGCAAGUCCCGCGCGGCCCGGCCCCGCCCACCGCCGGAAGUGCCGGUCGCGCUCCCGCGGCGGGGCUGAGGGGCCGCGGCUGCGCUCGUCUCUCCCGGGACGGCGGGCUCGCGGCGGCCGCGGCGCGGCGGACCCGCCGCCGCCUGCCCCCAUGGCCAAGCCGGCGAGCAAAGACUCGGGGCUGAAGGAGAAGUUCAAGAUCCUGCUGGGGCUGGGCCCCUCGCGGCAGCACCCCCGGUCGGCCGAGGGCAAGCAGACGGAGUUCGUGGUCACGGCGGACAUCCUGCGGGAGCUGAGCGUGGAAAGUGGCCUCAACAAUCGCAUCCGGGUGAUAGGGCAGAUCUGUGAAGUUGCCAAGACAAAGAAGUUUGAGGAGCAUGCUGUGGAGGCGCUCUGGAAGGCUGUCGAGGACCUGCUGCAGCCGGAGCGGCCGCCUGAGGCUCGGCACGCGGUGCUGACUCUGCUCAAGGCCGUGGUGCAGGGGCAGGGGGACCGCCUGGGCGUGCUCCGAGCGCUCUUCUUCAAAGUCAUCAAGGACUACCCGUCCAACGACGACCUCCCGGAGAGGCUGGAGGUGUUCAAGGCACUCACGGAUGAUGGGCGGCACAUCACCUACUUGGAGGAGGAGCUGGCCGACUUUGUCCUGCAGUGGAUGGACGUCGGCCUGUCCUCCGAGUUCCUUCUGGUGCUUGUGAACUUGGUCAAGUUCAACAGCUGCUACCUGGACGAGCACAUCGCAUCUAUGGUCCACAUGAUCUGCCUGCUCUGUGUCCAGACUGUGUCCCCCGUGGACAUCGAGGUGUCCCUGCAGGUGCUGGACGCCGUGGUGUGCUACAACUGCCUCCCGGCCGAGAGCCUCCCGCUCUUCCUCGUCACCCUCUGCCGCACCAUCAACGUGAAGGAGCUGUGCGAGCCCUGCUGGAAGCUGAUGCGGAACCUCCUGGGCACCCACCUGGGCCACAGCGCCAUCUGCAACAUGUGCCACAUCAUGGAGGACAGGGCCUACAUGGAGGAUGCCCCGCUGCUGAGGGGCGCCGUGUUCUUCGUGGGCAUGGCCCUGUGGGGCGCGCACCGCCUCUGCUCGCUCAGGAACUCCCCGGCGUCCGUGCUGCCGUCCUUCUACGAGGCCAUGACCUGCCCCAAUGAGCUUGUGUCCUACGAGAUCGUCCUCUCCAUCACCAGACUCACCAAGAAGUACCGGCGGGAGCUGCAGGCCGUGACCUGGGACAUCCUGCUGAGCAUCAUGGAGCGCCUGCUGCAGCAGCUGCAGGACCUGGACAGCCCGGAGCUCAAGGCCAUUGUGCACGACCUGCUGACCACGGUGGAGGAACUCUGUGACCAGAACGAGUUCCACGGCUCGCGAGAGAGAUACUUCGAGCUGGUGGAAAGAUACGCGGGCCAGAGGCCUGAGUCCUCGCUCCUGAACCUGAUCACCUACCGGGCGCAGUCCAUCCACCCCGCGAAGGACGGCUGGAUCCACAGCCUGCAGGCCCUCAUGGACAGGUUCUUCAGGCAUGAGCCCCGCAGUGCUGUGCGCAUCAAGGUGCUGGACGUGCUGUCCUUCGUGCUGCUCAUCAACCGGCAGUUCUACGAGGAGGAACUCAUCAGCUCGGUGGUCAUCUCGCAGCUGUGCCACAUCCCCGACGACCGGGACCACCAGGUCCGAAAGCUGGCCACCCAGCUGCUGGUGGACCUGGCCGAGGGCUGCCACACACACCACUUCAACAGCCUGCUGGACAUCAUCGAGAAGGUGAUGGCGCGCCCGCUCUCUGCGCCGCCCGAGCUGGAGGAGAGAGACGUGGCUGCGUACUCGGCGUCCCUGGAGGACGUGAAGACGGCGGUGCUGGGGCUCCUGGUGAUCCUGCAGACCAAGCUAUACUGCCUGCCGGCCAGCCACGCCAUGCGCGUGUACGACCUGCUCGUCGGCCACCUGCAGCUGCAUUACAAGUGCGGCUACAGCCUCCCCAUCGCCAGCAGUAUCCGGCUGCAGGCCUUCGACUUCCUGCUGCUGCUUCGCGCCGACUCGCUGCACCGCCUGGGCCUACCCGGCAAGGACGGGGCCGUGCGCUUCAGCCCCUACUGCCUCUGCGACUCCAUGGAGCCGGACAGGGCCUCCGAGAAGGCCAGCGGCCCCCUGUCGCCGCCCUCUGGGCCGCCAGGUGCAACUCCCGCGGGCCCCGCCGUGCGCCUGGGCUCCCUGCCAUAUGCCCGGCUUUUCCGGGCCCUGCUGCAGUGCCUAAAGCAGGAGACGGACUGGAAGGUGCUGAAGCUGGUGCUGAGUCGGCUGCCCGAGUCGCUGCGCUACAAGGUCCUCAUCUUCACGUCUUCGUGCAGCGUGGACCAGCUCUCCGCGGCGCUCUGCUCCAUGCUUUCAGGCCCCAAGACCUUGGAGCGGCUUCGCGGCACCCCAGAAGGCUUUUCUAGGACUGACCUGCAUCUGGCCGUGGUCCCCGUGCUGACUGCGCUCAUCUCUUACCAUGACUACCUGGACAAAGCCAGACAGCGGGAGCUCGUCUACUGCCUGGAGCAAGGCCUCAUCUUCCGCUGUGCCAGCCAGUGCGUGGUGGCGCUGGCCAUCUGCAGCGUGGAGAUGCCCGACGUCAUCAUCAAGGCGCUGCCCGUGCUGGUGGUGAAGCUCACGCACAUCUCGGCCACAGCCAGCAUGGCCAUCCCGCUGCUCGAGUUCCUGUCCACUCUGGCCAGGCUGCCACACCUCUACAGGAACUUCGCCGCUGAGCAGUAUGCCAGCGUGUUUGCCAUCUCCCUGCCGUACACCAACCCCUCCAAGUUCAACCAGUACAUCGUGUGCCUGGCCCACCACGUCAUCGCCAUGUGGUUCAUUCGCUGCCGCCUGCCCUUCCGCAAGGACUUUGUCCCCUACAUCACUAAGGGCCUGCGAUCUAACGUGCUCCUGUCGUUCGACGACACCCCGGAGAAGGACAGCUUCAGGGCGCGGAGCACCAGCCUCAAUGAGAGGCCCAAGAGUCUGAGGGUAGCCAGGCCCCCCAGACAAGGCUUGAGCCACUCUCCGCCCGUGAAAGAGCUCCCGGAGAGCUGCGCCGCCGAGGCCUUCCGGUGCCGCAGUAUCAGUGUGUCCGAGCAGGUGGUCCGCAGCAGGAUCCAGACGUCCCUCACCAGUGCCAGCCUGGGGUCGGCCGAUGAGAACUCCAUGGCCCAGGCCGAUGACAACCUGAAAACUCUCCAUCUGGAGCUCACGGAGACGUGCCUGGACAUGAUGGCCAGAUACGUGUUCUCCAACUUCACGGCCGUGCCCAAGAGGUCGCCCGUGGGCGAAUUUCUCCUGGCCGGCGGCAGGACCAAGACCUGGCUGGUGGGGAACAAGCUGGUCACGGUGACCACCAGCGUGGGCGCCGGGACUCGCUCUCUGCUGGGCCUGGACGCGGGGGAGCUUCAGGGCAGCCCUGAGCUGAGCCCCGGGCCCAGCACGCAUGUGCGGCAGACAAAGGAGGCGCCCGCCAAGCUGGAGUCUCAGGCCGGGCAGCAGGUGUGCCGAGGGGCCCGCGACCGCGUCCGCUCUAUGUCCGGGGGCCACGGCCUUCGCGUGGGGGCCCUGGAGGCCCCAGCCCCCCACUUCCCGGGCAGCCCUGCUCCCGCGGGACCACAGAACACCCCCGCUGCCGCCCGACAGCCCGCACAGAAGGAAAGGACAAACCUGGCUGCCUACGUGCCCCUGCUGACCCAGGGCUGGGCGGAAAUCCUGGUGCGCAGGCCCACGGGGAACACCAGCUGGCUCAUGAGCCUGGAGAACCCGCUGAGCCCCUUCUCGUCCGACAUCACCAGCAUGCCCCUGCAGGAGCUCUCCAACGCCCUCAUGGCCGCCGAGCGCUUCAAGGAGCGGCGCGACACGGCGCUCUACAAGUCGCUGUCGGUGCCGGCAGCCGGCUCGGCCAAGCCCCCACCUCCACCGCGGUCCAACACGGACUCGGCUGUGGUCCUGGAGGAGGGUGGGCCAGGCGAGAGCAUGCUGACCGCAGAGCCCCCUGGGCUGGAGGACCUGGGCGCGGCUCUGGGCACGGAUGGGCACGGGCGCCGUUCCGUGCCGUUCAGCCGGUCGUCCUCCACGUCCAGCCAGGAGGAGAAGUCGCUGCGUGGGGAGGAGCAGAGCGCCGGCGGGAUCCCCAUGGCACGGGCCGUGUCCUCCGAGGGUGCCCGGCCCUCUGCUGACCUCUCCUUCGAGCCAGCCCAGCCCCUCAGCAAGUCCAGCUCCUCGCCCGAGCUGCAGCUGCUGCAGGAUGUGCUCGGGGGUCCUGGUGACAAGGCUGGCGGGGGCCGCCUGAGCCCAGAGGCCAAGGCGCGCUCCCAGUCAGGGACCCUGGACGGGCCCAGCGCCCCCUGGCCGGCUUCAGGCAGAGAGAGCCAUGGCCCCGGCCCCGCUGAGGGGCCCUCCCCCGCCAGCUGUCCUCGCUCUCCCAGUGGCCUGCGGCCCCGCGGCUACACCAUCUCCGACUCGGCCCCAUCUCGCAGGGGCAGACGGGCUGACCGGGACACCUUCAAGGGCAGGGCCGGAGCUGGCAACCCCGAGAAGGUGCCAGGCAUCAACCCCAGCUUCGUGUUCCUGCAGCUCUACCACUCUCCUUUCUUCGGGGACGAGUCCAACAAGCCCAUCCUUCUACCAAAUGAGUCGUUCGAGCGCUCUGUGCAGCUCCUAGACCAGAUCCCCUCCUACGACACGCACAAGAUCGCUGUCCUGUACGUGGGCGAAGGCCAGAGCAACAACGAGCUGGCGAUCCUGUCCAACGAGCACGGCUCCUACCGGUACACCGAGUUCCUCAUGGGCCUGGGCAAGCUCAUCGAGCUCAAGGACUGCCAGCCGGACAAGGUCUACCUGGGGGGCCUGGACGUGGGUGGCGAGGACGGCCAGUUCACCUACUGUUGGCAUGACGACAUCAUGCAGGCCGUCUUCCACAUCGCCACCCUGAUGCCCACCAAAGACGGGGACAGGCACCGCUGUGACAAGAAGCGCCACCUGGGCAACGACUUCGUGUCCAUCGUGUACAACGACUCCGGCGAGGACUUCAAGCUGGGCACCAUCCGGGGCCAGUUCAACUUCGUGCAUGUGAUCAUCACCCCCCUGGACUACGAGUGUAACCUGGUGACCCUGCAGUGCAGAAAAGACAUGGAGGGUCUCGUGGACACGAGCAUGGCCAAGAUUGUGUCUGACCGGAACCUGUCCUUCGUGGCACGCCAGAUGGCGCUGCAUGCCAAUAUGGCCUCGCAGGUGCACCACAGCCGCUCGGACCCCACCGACAUCUACCCCUCCAAAUGGAUCACCAGGCUUCGCCACAUCAAGCGUCUCCGCCACCGGCUCCGUGAGGAAGCGCACUCGGCUGCCCCCGGCCUCCCACUGCUGCAGCCCCCGGGCCACACCAAGGCCCCGGCCCCCAGCCCGGAGCCCACCUAUGAGACGGGCCAGCGGAAGCGCCUCAUCUCCUCCGUGGAUGACUUCACGGAGUUCGUGUAAGACCACACGAUCCCAUGGGGACGCCCCCAGUCGUGUCCAGGCGAAAUAAAGCCCUGAGGCCGACUCAGGGUGUCCAGACCA